GCCUGGUCGCCGGGUGGCGCGGGCGGCCGCCAUGGAGGCGAUGGCGGGUGUCCCUGUGGCGGUCGCCGUGGCCGUGGUAACUGCAUCCACCCUGCUGCUGCUGCUGCUCAGAAGGACGGGGCGGAGGGACGGCGGCCUCGUCACCCUGCAGGACCCGCUCGCUAAAUACCCGCUGCGGCUGGUGGAGAAGGAGGUGACCGGAGCGGCCGAAUGCCUGAACCCCUCCCUCGGCCCGGCUCUAGGGGGGUCCUGCUGAGCCCCUUCCCUGCCCGUCGGCCGGGGCAGGCGGAGGAAAUCAGUCACGAUACCAAGAAAUUCCGAUUUGGGCUGCCUUCUCCAGAUCAUAAAUUAGGUUUACCCGUAGGCCAACAUGUUUACCUUUCUGCAAAAAUUGACGGUAAUCUGGUGAUUCGAGCCUAUACCCCAGUUUCCAGUGACGAGACAAAAGGUUAUGUUGACUUAAUUAUAAAGGUCUACCACAAAAAUGUGCAUCCCAAGUUUCCUGAAGGUGGGAAGAUGUCCCAGUACCUCAAUGACAUGAAGAUUGGAGAUAUUAUUGAUUUCAGAGGGCCAAAUGGGCUCCUUGUCUAUAAGGGGGCAGGUACCUUUCUUAUCAAGCCUCAUAAGAAGUCUGAAGCAGAGAAGAAGUUUGCAAAACAUCUUGGGAUGAUAGCUGGAGGAACAGGAAUAACUCCAAUGUUGCAGCUGAUUCGUCGUAUCACAAGUGAUCCCAAGGACUCCACCAAAUGUUAUCUUCUUUUUGCUAAUCAGACAGAAAAAGAUAUAUUACUGAGAGCUGAGCUAGAAGACAUUGCUAAGAGGCAUCCCGAUCAGUUCACACUUUGGUAUACACUGGACAGACCUCCACAAGAUUGGAAGUACAGUUCUGGCUUCAUCACUGCAGAGAUGAUUCAAAGCCACCUCCCUCCCCCUGGCAGCGAGACACUGGUUCUCCUGUGUGGGCCACCACCCAUGAUUCAGUUUGCUUGUCAGCCCAAUCUGGACAAGCUUGGCUAUCCCAAGAGCUCUACAUUUUCUUAUUAACACUCAUGUCACCUGAUACCUUUUCCUAAGUACUAUGUGUUUUCCUACAGGAAUAACUGGUAUGUAACUGUGCAGUACUUCUGUGUGUGUUUUUUAACAAGUUAGAAUUCCUGUGGUUUAUAACUUCACAAUUACCUUUGCAUGUUUUAAUACUAAGAAGUUGAGAGAUCAUCUUGAAUUGUGUGGAAGUAACUUAGACUAACCUCUCAAGUUAGUAUGAAAUGUUAAUUCUGAGAAACAAAACUAGAGUAAUUGGAGAGGUAGGACAGAGAUAAAACCACUUGUUUCUUAACACGGGUAUGGAAUUUGGGAGAGGGCUGUGAAGUAGGACUCGUAUUGUUUGACUGUGCUCUGUAGGUAAUUAAUUUAGGGAAUCCUGGGGAGGACAGUACAAAGAACAGUCUUUUUUUUUUCCUCCCCUUUGUUUUUUUUCAUGCUGUUUUACACCCUUUCCCAAGACUAACAAACUGAAAUACCAGGGACUAUGCUAUUGAAAAAGUGAACAGAAUUUGGGCAACAUGCAAAUUGCUUAUUAUUGUAACAGAAAUUCUUACUAAUGUGGAAUUUAUUUGGGAACAUUACAUAACUUAAUGCUGUCUUCCAACAGCCUUAGCUAAAUCACUGCCAAAUGCAUAGAGAAGUCCUGCGCUGCAUACACAGAAUUUGAAUGUUAUUCCCUACAUGCAGUGCUUGCUCUUGGCAGCUUCAGAAAUCUCCUUUGCUUGCGAGAAGACGUGGUUUCUUACUUCCUAUUGUAAGUUAUGCUGAGGUGAUCUUAUACUUGGAUAAUGCCUCAUCUUAGUGUUUUUACCACAUACAUAGCAUUUAAUUCUUAGCCUUCAGUGCCUGAAGUACUGUACUGCAUGUUCGUUUCCAGGAAUUAGUUAAUCCUACAGUUGUUUUAGGGUCUGACAGAUCUCUGAGCCGGGAGACUUUUGAUUUCAGGUGCUAAUGAAUAUGUUUACUCAAUAUUUUUAUUAAUCUAAAGCAAAACAAAAGGAAUCUAGUAGUUGAAGUACAAAACCCUUUAUCAGUUAGUUACAUUUGUAGCAGUAAUGCAAAGACAGACACAGGGUUUCACACUGUUGAUUCUGUCCCAGAUAAGAGAUCAAUCACACAUGUACUUAUUAGAAUCAUUCCACAGUCAGCAAGAGAUGGAGGAACAUUCAGCAUUUAUUCAUAACAGCCAAAAAAAUAAGCAUUUAUGCCAGUGUUAUGCUAGUUAGGAUUUCUUACUAGAAUACUAGAAUACUUACAUAUUUUAAGAAUACCAAUAACUUUGUAGAUUGACUAUUCACAACCAAGUUAGCACAACACCACACAGUUAUAAAUAUAUCAUCAAAAGAAAACAGAAAAUCUGCUUGGAAUAUCCCAGUGAUAUUAGGGCUGCCUUUGUUAGAGCAGCUUGGUUUAUCUGUAGUGCUGUAAUAAGUCUGCUGGCUAAUUAACCCAGCAAAGUAUUUCACAUGCCCGUAGCACAUGGUCACUAGUGUUGAUUGCAUUGCCAGAGGGGAGAUGUACUGGACUGGUACAUUUAAUUCCUUUUAUUAAGCAUUUUUAGUUGGCUGAUGUGUAGACUGGUUUCUCGUUCCUUUGAAUUUUCCAUUAUCAUGUCAUUGUUCAAAUGAUUGAAAAAUAAUUUGCUGUGGUUUCACCAUUUUGGACAAUAAAAUCACGUGUUUAGCUUCUAAAAUCUGACUGUAGUGUGCAGGGUCUCUCAUGAGAGCCUCAGGGAGUGAGGAGCAGAAUAGGUCACUUUUUAAAAGUGCCACUGACAGCUCUGGAAGAGCCCUUGCUGCAUACUUGGGACAGUACCAGAUAUUUCGCCUUUACCUGAGAGUGUUGUGGCUACCCUCGGGCUAUAUCAAUAUGUAAACCAACACCCUUCAGGAGAAAGAGUAAUGCAAACCACCCAUAUACUUGCUAAGUCUUCACAAUUGAGCCAAUUUCUUUUCUGGCAUUUCCCUGUUAACUAAGAUAACUUGUUAAUUCCUUAUUAAUACACGAAAGGCACAUGUCAACUGAUGCCACGAGUAACUGCUACUGUGAAGGAGACACCUUCACCCGUGAACAGCCCCUCAAGUAAGUAAUGAGAGGCUGUGUUUUCCUCUUUCACAAUGCUCAGUAGAAUAGCAACAGCUCUCUUUUGUCAGCUGUUUUAAAGAAACAACUAUUUAUUUUAUUAUUGUGCUUGCCUGAUGCUCCUUAGUGGCAUUUUAUACUUUACAAAGCAAUAAUGUUUGUCUCCUAUUGCUAAACAGAGUAUUCUAUGAAAAUCUAGACAUAGCUGGAAUGAAAAGAGUGCUGUUCACUUUCAGUUCUACCAUUUACAACAUCUCCAGUUGUCAUGCAAACAUUACAAAAGUGUUUCUACUGUCAUCUCCAGUCCUCAGGACUGUUUGCAGCCAUACAUUUAAUUAAGAAAUAGGUUUAUUACCAUUCCUGUCUUCCUGAGAGCCAGUUCUGUGUUAGGGCUCAGAAAACUUGGUCUGAACCAUUUUGGCUGUUCAGAAGGCUUAUGAGCAUCCUGAUGCUUGCACACGUGUGUCGAUACUAGCCAUUGUGGACAAAACAUCAAUGUACAGACAGAGCCCAUUCGGUAGUUCUGGUUAAAGACCUGUCAUGUAAAACCAGGCCAUGGAUCAUGCUGGAUAUUCUGUUGCACUCACCCUAAACACCUUUCUUAAAGUUAUGUUUCACAUUAAUUAGAUGCUGUGAUUUCUCCUUGAUAGUGACCAUCUCAGUGCACAUGUAAAGAUCGCACUAUUAAAAAACCAUCAUGUCAAAUGAAGCACCAGCUUUUGAGUGCGUCAGUUUCGCAGCCUCAAAGUUACAUUUCCUGCUGGAGUUGUUCAGCAUCUUUUUCAGUUAGGUCAAGAUUUGUGAACAUGUCAUCUUGUCAUCAUCCUGAUAAAAGCAAGGCCUUGAUGGAUACCAUUAUGUUCUAUUCCUCCUUUUCUACACUGCACUUACUUACUUAGAUAAAAAGAGGGCAGGACAUGUGCUGAUGAAAGGGGUGAGAGAUUAAAAUCCUUUUAUGGGAAACAGUCUCUGGCAGGACUGCAGCAGUAGUUGGUGAGCCAGUACUCACCAGCAUCCAUCUGAAUGUCUAGGUAGCUCUGAUUAGUCCACCUGGUACAACGGAGUAUUAAUGAUUCCUGCAUUACAAGUGAUUAUAAAAAUAAAAAAUGACAAAAUAUCUUUCAUAUACAGUAUGUAAACAUACCAUGUAAAAGACGACUGAAUAGAAGGGUGGUGCCAGCCUCAGC